CAUGCUCGCUCCAGUGCCGGCGGCAGCGGGAGGCGGCGGGUGGUGCCGCCGUGUCGGGGGGAGAGGGGGCGGUGGGCGGCGGGAGAGCCUUCCGGUCAGCGAGCAGCCCUCGGUGCCCGUGUCCCCGUCCCGUGUGAGGGCUGCCGGUGCCCCCCUGCCCGGCCCUGCGCUGCCGCUGCCCCGCGGGAUGCGGGCUCGGCCGGCCCCGUCCUCCCCGCCGGCCGCAGCAUGAGCGCGGCGAGCGACGCGUACCUCUUCAUAAAAGACAUAAAACCCGGACUGAAAAACUUAAAUGUCGUCUUUAUUGUGCUGGAGAUCGGGCGAGUCACCAAGACGAAGGACGGGCACGAGGUGAGGUCCUGCAAGGUGGCCGACAAGACGGGCAGCAUCACCAUUUCCGUGUGGGACGAGAUCGGCGGCCUCAUCCAGCCCGGGGACAUCAUCCGCCUGACCAAAGGGUAUGCAUCUCUGUGGAAAGGAUGCCUGACACUUUACACAGGACGAGGAGGCGAGCUGCAUAAAAUUGGGGAGUUCUGCAUGGUAUACUCAGAAGUGCCAAACUUCAGUGAGCCCAACUCAGAACACAUUGGACAGAACAAACUGGCACAAGGUGAACAGAAUAAUAGUUCUGCAUCAAGUAAUAUGAGUUCUUGUACAUUCGGGCCACUGGGAAACGGUUUACAAACUGGACCUGAAUCAAGUGGAUUCCCAUUUACAUAUAAUCAUGGCCACUCUUAUGCAGGUAGUGGGAGAGGCAAUGGACGAGGACCUGUAAAUCCAGCAACAGCUAACAGUGUUCAGCCUCUUCCCCCUGCUGUCAGUAAUGGGAGGGACCCACGCAGAGCCUAUAAAAGAUGACUAUGCCAAAUGUGGUUGUACAGCUUGCUUAAACUCUACACUCUACUUGAACACUUAUUGCACUUUUAUUUAUGGUUAACUGUGAACCAGUUUGUCCUUUGUUUUUUACCUUUUGGUCUAUGGAGCAAACGAUGUGAUCUUCUGUUUUGCUUAGGGAAGCACAGUGAGUCUUCCCCAUAAAUUAAAGGAGUAGAGGGAGAAGGUGGAUAUAAGGACAUAAGGGUAAUGGUUUGAAGAGCCUCAGUUAAAACUCAGUACUAUUUGCUAAAUGGAAGAAAAUUUCAGUUACAUGUAUGUAUUUUUCUGUUUCUGUUGGUCAGCCAUAUAGCCUUAAAAGGUCUGUAAUGUCCUGUGUGCACAUAACGUUGAUUUCCCGUUAGUGUUAAUGGGAGUUCUUCGUACUGGAAGAGAAAUGAGGGAGAAGGGCAACGCAGCCUUAGUGAACUAGGUGUACUUGGAAUGAAUAUAGCUUGUAAAAGCAAUAAGUGUAAGGAAAUGGUGGUGCCAGUACUUUGUGGUAUGUCCUAAAUCAGCGAAUGAAUAACCCAGACAAAAGUCAAAGACCCGGUGAGCAUGUUGAAACUUGACUUCUGAUUCCAAAAAUCAGUAUGCUAUUUUAAAGACUAAUUCUUCAUCAUGCCAAUUCCAGAGAAGGCAUAUGCUAUUUAAAGAAAAAUUCUCCGUAAUCCACCAUUAUCAGUGUCAAGGAAAGCAACGUUUUUUGUUUUUUUUUUUUUUGCUUUGGGUAAAAGCCUGGAUGCUCAUUCUUGCUUUGCCUGGAAUGUGAAAGGAAGAUCUAAAUUCAGACAGCAUUGGAGGAUACUGUUAGUAGCUGUAAAAGCUCGAAGUUACUUUACAGGACUCUGAAUCUCCAGGAAAGAAUGAGUUUCACAAACUCUUCUCAAAUGCUGCAUUACAUAUCUCUUUAAUGAGGCUGAGUACUUUUCCUUUCUUUAUUCACUUUUCCAAAUGAAUUUUGUAUUAGAUCAAGUUGUAUGUUUGGAUUGCAGAGGCACUGGCCAAGCACACAGCUGCAGUUUUGGUGCUGCUAAGCUUUCCUUCCUCUGUUUUAUAUGGAAUAUCAAUUAUCCCUUAAAGAACUUAAUCCUCACCCCACUCUCCCUUAGGGGAAGCUGUUUUUUUUUUCCAAGAUUACAAAUGCCUUGACCCUAGGUAACUGUCCAGUGCCAUAUUUCAGAUCAGGUUUAAAAAACAACUUUGAAGCUGAGGUGUCAUACUGGAUUCAUCUGUUUAACUCUUCUUUAUAGCUGACCUCUCAAAUAAAAAUUGCACUAACUAUUUCAAAAACAAAUUAACUUUCUUUCUGUCAAGCCAUAAAGACUUGAUGACAAAAGGCUAUUUCUGAAUUGCAAGUUGUCUCUGUUAUUCAUGUUAUUUGAAACUACCCCUAAGUUACUGAUGUUUACAAGUUACAUUUGAUACUUGUUUGGUAGUCUCACGAUUUGUUGACAGUUGCCUCUAAGGGGCAAGUUCCUUGCUUAAUCUGAAAUACCAAAAUGUCUUUAAAAGCGGGCAGCAGCAACAACAAAUACCUGAAGGAAGCUUUAGGGAGACCUGUAUGCUGUUUGCCUCCGAUUUGUUAAAGUGCUACCCUGAUGCCUGUUGCCAAAAUUUGUCCUGCACACAAAAGAGUGGCAUGCCUCCUGAGGUCACUCGCUGGUGCUGUUAGGGGGGAACAGUGCUAACUUGUAAAGCAUGCAGUGAAAUCGGGGAAGUGGUGUAAGGUGAUGUGUAACUCAGGGACUUUAAAUUGCUUACAUAUUUAGAAAAAGUCAUCCAUAGAGUCUAGAUGUAUAGACAACCUUUUAUGUGGUGUUGCAUUAAGAUGUUUGAUAUGCUUGUGAGAAGGAAUCCAAGAGGACUUCUAAACCUGUGAAGUACGUGUGACAUGUUCCGAAGGUAAAUGAGCUGUAAGUAUGGUGUGAGAGCUGUGCUUUCCAGUUGUAGCUGUAAAGGUAGUAAGUGAGUAGUUGAAGUGAUGGUGUGGUGGUGACUUCAUAUUCGUUGGGGUGUCUCAGCUGUGGAUCUCAGAAGUCCUGGUGGUCUUGGUUUCUCUACAAUAAUAAAAGAAGGUUGAAAUAAUGGGGAACCUGGCUUCAGUGUAUGCAAAGGUACCUGGUGUUUGCAGCUCUAUGCAUCUGGGCUUUUAUUAAGCUAAUUAAGUUGUUCACAU